AUGGCCGUCCAUCUUUCAGCGUCGGCAGUAGCGCUGGCACCACCUCCCUCCUCCGCCACUUCCUCCCCCUUCCCGCGCACCCCUGCAUCCGUUCCGCACAAUCCCGCCCCUCAUCCGCGCUUACCCGCGCGUUCCCCGCAUCCGUCCGACAAGAUCGCCGCUCUCCGCCGCUGCCGGUCGUUCUCCUUCCCCGUGCCAGCUUCCGCGCCCCCGUCCCGCGCUGGUAGCCGUUGUUGCGCCGCGCAUGGAUCCGCGGAAGGAGGCCCAGGGGAAGCUGGGGUGGAGAUACAGAGAGCGGAAGGGGGGGUAACACCUAGAGCAGAAGGGGAAGCUGGGACGGGAACACAAGGAGCGGAAGGGGCACCUGGGGUGAGAACACAAGGAGCGGAAGGGGAGCAACAGGGAGAGGAACGGCGGCCACCAAGCGGAGAAGAAGAUAGACCCGCCGAAGCUGCUGAUCUCUACCUGUCACGUGAUCGGGGUGUGGUGAGAAUGCCUGAAGUUGGAGCAUAUGUGGGAAACGCAGCACGUGAGGGAGGAGCAGCUGAGAAUUCCCUGCCACGUGAACGGGGUGUGCUGGGAAUGCCUGACGGUGGAGCGCACAUGGGAAAUACAGCACGCGAAGGAUUGAACACCAGGCUUGCCUGUACUGGCAAGUCGGUGCUGCAGGCUGUGUGCAGUGCGGUGCUGAGCGGUUCGCUGCAUUGCUCCUUCUGUCGCCUAUCCAACUUUCCUUCCUUACCAGGGAGGUGGGGUUUUCCUGUCAGGGUCACCUCCGGUCGCCUAUACAGCUUUGUCUGUGCCAGAAAAGGGGGGGGCAGCUCCCGUGUUUCCUUCACUGGAGCAGCUUCUAGCCGAGCAGCUGGCGCAGAGGUACGUGCCAUGUAUUGGGGUGGGGGAGGGGAGCAGGUGGGGGUGAGCAGGGGGGAGGGAAGGGACGUGGGAGGGGGCAAGUGGGUGAAUGGGGGGCCACGUGGGAGGGAGGGAGCAGGUGGGGGGGGGGCAGGUGGUGGGUUUCCUUCGCUGGAGCAGCUUUUAGCGGAGCAGCUGGUCCAGAGGUACGUGCCAUGUAGUGGGGGGUGGGCAGGUGAAGAGGAGCACGUGCGAGGGAGCAGGUGGAGGACAGCAACCGCUGCUCCAGCGCGCACGUCCUCCUUCAACCCGUCCGUUUCCUUCACUGGAGCAGCUCGUAGCAGCGCUGGAGCAGCUGGCGCAGAGGUAUGUGCUUUGUUCCGUGUGAUGUCAGACGGUGAACUGGUGGGGUUCUUCCAGCAGCUGCUCACUGCUGCGCGCCACACAGGGGUGGAGGGCGGGCAGCAGCAAAACGGGCAGCAGCAGCAGCUGGGCGGGCAGCAGGGACAGCAGGGAGCAGCAGCAGGGUUUCCCCAAGGGAAGCAGCAGGAGUCAGCAGAUUCAGAUGGGCUUCCCUCGUCCGGAAACCCUGUCUUUGGUCUGCAGUUUUUCUCUGCGGUUCAGGGUCAGAUGGAAUGGUUCCAGGGUCAAGUAGAGCGGUUGCAGCAGCAGAUAGAGCGGUUUCAGCAGCAGGACACCCCGCUUGGGAUAAAAGCAGGGAAGGUGGUGGCGGCAGCGGCGGCUGUGGGGUUUACAGCAGCAGCUGGAGUGGUGGCUUUAAGGGUUCCGGAUGGGUGGGAGGAGGAGAUGGGGGAUGGGAGUUGGAAGAGGGAGAAAGAAGUGGUUGAGAAGGGUGGAAGCUGGAUGGUUGGGAGUGGGAGUGCAGGGAAGGGAGAUGAGGUGGAGGGGAGUGAGGGGAGGGAUGGAAGAGAAGAGAAGGAGGAUAAGGACGAGAAGCUGUUGCUGCAGCAGAAGCAAGAGGGAGAGCAAAGGCAGGAGCAGCGAAAGGAGAAGGAGAAGGAUCAGGAGGAGCAGGAUAAGGGACAGGAGCAGGAGCGGAGAGGGGAAGGUGGGAGGGAGAGAGGGGGAGCAGUUAGGGGAGCAGAGGUGGGGGUUAUUGUGGACACAGAGGAGAGCGGUGUUACAGGGGGCAGGAGGAAGGGCGUGAGAGGGGAGUUGGAAGGGAGUGAAGGGGGUGGUGAGCGGUGGAGAGGGGUGCGGAGGAGGAGGUGGGUGGGGUUGUUGGGUGGGGAUGAGGAGGACGAGGAGGGAGGGUGGGAGGAGAGAGGGGUGGCAAGGGGGUAUGAUGAUAACUUAUCUGAGGGAGAGGAGGAAGGCCCGGUUCGACGAGUGGUGGCUGGUGCUGCUGCUGGUGCUGGUAGUGCUGCUGUUGCUGCUGAUGAUAGUGCUAGUGCUGCUGCUGAUGCUGCGAGUGCUGGUAGUGGUUCUGACAUUGCCCUGGCUCUUCCACCCAGUGGUUCUGAGGCAUCCAGUGCGGUUGCUGGUUCUUGGAGUGAUUUGGUGGUUCCUAAACGCUCACACAAGGGGAUGGGCGAGGGAGAGAGGUCUGCGCCUGCACACAUGUACAACGGGGGGGACGAGAAGGGAGAAAGUGAGGGAGAAGGGACGGGAGAAGGCGAGGGAGUAGGGAGGGGAGUGGGUGAGGGAGAAGCGAAGGGAGAAGAAGGGAAGAGAGAAGAAAGGAAGGGAGAGGUGAGAGAUACGGCACAGCUGAGAGAAGCAGGAGAGAGCGCUGUGGCAGUUAACAGGGCUGUAUCAAGAGAGGAGGCUGUGGCUGACAGCAGGGCAGUAUCAGGAGAAAGGACACCAGCUGAAGGCUGGGCUGAAGUAGGGGAGAGGGCUGUGGUAAAAGAUAGGGUUGAAGCAGGGGAGAGGACUGUAGCGGAAGGUAGGGAUGUAGCAGGAGAGAGGGCUGUAGCAGGAGGAAUAGCAGCAACAGGAAGGAAGGUGCCGGAUUCAGCAAUGGACACCAGUAUGGACCGAGUAUUCAGGAGAAAUGGGCGGUGGGAGGUGGAGGCUUCUGGGGGAGGUAGAUCUGGGCGGUUGGAUGCAGGUGGGGAUGCAGGGGAGGCUGAACCUGGGGAGGGAAUGGAGGGGUAUGGAUGGGAGAGGGGGAGGAGAGGCAGGGAGGCACGAUGGAAGGUGGGAGGAGAGAUGAGGGAGGUGAGAGAGGGUGACUUGACAAAUUGGGAGGUUGAAGAUGGGUGGAGGGAGAAAGGACGUCGAGGAGAGCGGGGCGAUUUGAGAGAUUGGGAGGGGAAAGUCGCGGAAGAAAAGCGGAGUGGAGGAGGUUUUCAUGGGUCGGAUAUUGCUGGCUCAAAGAGGGUUGCACUUUCGAAAAAGAAGGGCGUGCAGGAGGAAGGUCCUCCGACGAGGAGGCGUGAAUUCGUCGUCGCACGGAAGAUCAGCCGUCGUCUAAUAACCGAUCAACCGGCAAAGACCAUGUCGGCUGUUACGAUGCAGACGGCAGCGGCUGUGAAGCCGUCAGCCUUCGUGGGUAGCACGAGCCUGAGUCUGAAGGCGAGCCAGCACAAGAGACUACAGAUGGCCGCGCCCAGCCGCGCAUCCGCUGCCGUCGUGCGCUGCAGCGCCGUCCGCUCGGAGCGCCUUUGGACCCCGAAUUCCGCCGCAAACAGCGGCGAUAUCUGGUCCAUCAAGAAUGACUUGGAAGUGCCGCAGAGUCUGUUCAUGGGCGCACCGGAGGUGAUGGCGGGGCAGGGAGCGCCGCCCCCCAUGCUGCAGGAGCGCUUCCAGUCGGUCAUCUCCCAGCUCUUUCAAAACCGCAUCAUCCGGUGCGGCGGCGCGGUGGACGAUGACAUGGCGAACCUCAUCGUGGCGCAGCUGCUUUACCUCGAUGCCGUUGAUCCCACCAAGGACAUCAUCAUGUACGUCAACUCGCCUGGUGGCUCCGUGACUGCUGGCAUGGCCAUCUUUGACACCAUGCGCCACAUCCGGCCUGACGUCAGCACCGUGUGUGUCGGCCUUGCUGCCAGUAUGGGAGCCUUCCUCCUGUCAGCAGGAACAAAAGGCAAGCGCUACAGCCUGCCCAACAGCCGUAUUAUGAUCCAUCAGCCGCUGGGAGGAGCACAGGGACAGCAGACAGACAUUGAGAUUCAGGCUAACGAGAUUCUGCAUCACAAGGCGAACCUGAACGGUUACUUGGCGUACCACACCGGUCAAUCCUAUGAUCAGAUCGUCCAGGAUACGGAUCGCGAUUUCUUCAUGAGUGCAACUGAGGCCAAGGAGUAUGGCUUGAUUGAUGCGGUUAUCACCAACCCCCUCAAGGCCCUCAAUGCUGCCCCAGUUGCUGCAUAA